AUGGCGAAAGUUGCCUCCAUCGGCAUCCCUGUAAAGCUCCUUCACGAGGGGCUCGGCCACACCAUCACUGUUGAAACAAAGACGGGGUCUCUCUACCGAGGCACUUUAGAAAAUGCAGAAGAUAAUAUGAAUAUGUUAAUUCAAGGGGUGUCUGUAACGCACAAGGAUGGGAAGGUCUUGUCUCUCGAGCAGGUCCAAAUGGUUAUAUUCCCAGAUAUGCUGAGACAUGCCCCAAUGUUUAAAUUUGCAGACAGAAGCAAAGGACGAAGGCCUCUAGGUUUAGUAGGCAUGCGUAGAGCGAUGAACAUGAGAAAUGCUAGAGGCAGAGGAGGUAGAGGGGGUAGAGGUAGAGGAGGAGGCUUCUAA